AUGGGAACAUUCAUGAGAAAGACCUGGAUCAUCCCUAAACAGUAUGGCACUUUAGCUGAGUACACAGCUGUUGAAGAGAAGCUGUUGGCUCUCAAACCAAAAAACAAAAACCAGUGUUUUGCUGAAGCUGCAGGACUGCCACAGGGCAUUGAGACUGCAUAUGAAGGCCUUGGCCGCUCUGGCUAUUUUCAAGGUAAUAUUAAAACAGGGCAAUGUGAAAGGACUGUCAAAGAAAGUGGGCGUGUUGUGGCUGUUACUGUACCAACAAUAGAGACAACCACAAUUGAUCAGGUUCUAGAGAUCAACUUGAUCUCCGCACAAGGGCUUAUAGAGUCAUCAGUUAUACCCCAUCGUCGCAUGAAAACCUAUGUUGUUGCUUGGGUUGAUUCAUUCACCAAGCUUCAUACUCGAGUUGAUCCUGUUGGUGGCAAAAACCCAACCUGGAACGACAAGUUCCUCUUCAAAGUUUCACCCCAGUUCCUUCUCAGCAAAACUUCUGCUGUUUCUAUUGAGAUUUACGCCAUUGGUUUCUUUCGAGAUAGGCUUGUUGGUAGGGUUCGUUUUCUUAUCAGCAACUUCCUUCCAACCGCCUCGGCUGCUGCGAUGAAGACUCCUGCUUUUGCUGCAUACUUAAUCCGCAGCCCUUCUGGUUCUGGGGGAUUCUUUGGAACCCUAAACAUUGGAAGAAUGGUUCUUGAUCCCUCUGUUGGUUUCCAGGCCUUGAAUGAAGUCUCCGCUAUCGAUUACCAUGAUCUUACAGGAGAGAAUCUUGAUGUUAAGCAUCAUCCGAGAACAAACAAGUCCAAGGCUGCACUUAAGGAUAUCAUGGAGUCCAUCCCUAGUGAUUCUGAUGAUCAAUUGAAAGCUGGUGAUUCCUUAACUUCCUCAUCAUCACCUCCACAUAUGGUGUUGAUGUAGUUGAGCUUGAAAGGAAAGAACGAAGA